AUGGGUCCCUGUACGGCCUCCCAUUGCUGCUGUCUCCAUCGCCACACUCUGCCAUGUGCCACUUUCAGGUCUCCUCACACUCCUGCUGGUUUCCAUUUUGUCAUAGGUUGCUGUAUGGCCUCCCAUUGCUGCUGGCUCCACCGCCACACUGUGGCUCCAAACACUGGUUUUGGCCCCGUGACUGGCCAAAUGAGUGAAGUGUGCAGUGAUUCUAAGAUCGACGGCACUCAUCUGCAUGUCAUACUGACUGACAGUAUUAUUUCUCUUCCCCAGCAGACUCCAAGGGCAUUUAAAUUAAAGGUACAGUGUUCUGCACUAAUAUUA